GUUUCCACUUCCCCGUCUCCCCUCGCCGUCCCGUCCCGUCCCCGGCCACCGCGUCCGCCAUUUCCCCUUCUUCCCCGCAACCCAAUUUCAAACAGAGGACGAGCCUUCCUCCCUCACCGCCACAAGGCGUCGCCCCUUCCGCCCCCGCAACCACCCGCCGCUCUCAUCUCCGCGUCGGAUCUACAGCGCCCCACCCGUCGCCCUCCCGCCGCCGUCGUCACCCGCCCCGCGGCGCCGUCCUCUUCGCCCCCAAGUCAAGUCUCCGCUCCCCUCCCCGCCCCGCCCCCACAAAAAAAUUCCGAUCCAACCACUCCUCCAGCCGAAGGCCCCUUCCUUCCCCCCCACUAUAUUUAAACCCGCGCCGCGCCGCGACGGCGACCCCGACGACUCCCCCGGCCGCGUCCCCCGCCAGCUCCCCCUCACCCCCGACCAUCCACGCCUCCAAGCGCCGCCGCCGCGAGGCCGUCAACACGGGAAACUCGCAGCCGCGGGGCGGCGGGGGCUCCGGCCCCCCGCCUUCGCGGACGCUGGCGCUGCCGCCGGCUGCGGGGAACGCGGCGGGGUUCGACCCGCUCGACCCCGACGCGAACCCGCCUGCCAAGGUGCUCAUGGAGGGCGAGGUCAAGCACUGCAAGAAGGCGCUCAAGGCGCUCGAGAAGAAGCUCGGGAAGCCCAAAGCGCUGGCCAAGGAGUUCUGGAACCUCCCGGAUAUAGGAACAGUGCCUCCGUCGUCACAAAAGUCGGCUCGGGAAGCUGUUAAUAGAGGAAGAAAUCGCUACACUGAUGUCUUGCCAAUUGACAAAACCAGAGUACGACUACAGUCCCCAACAGGCAAUGAUUACAUCAAUGCCAGCUUUAUAAAUACUGGUGGCAGAGAUCAAACAAAGUUUAUUUCCACUCAAGGCCCGCUAGCCAGGACAAUUGAAGAUUUUUGGCAGAUGGUAUAUGAGAAUCACUGUCCUGUGAUUGUUAUGCUCACCAAAUUUGAUGGUUAUAAGUGCGAUGAGUAUCUUCCGUUGAGUAAGGGUCAGGGAGCUUUUGGAAAAUUUAACAUUAAGAUCGUGAAGACAAGAAAUGAUGGUCAGUUAGUGUUGCGUGUUGUAAAGGUGCAAAGGGAUGAGUCAGAUUCAGUGCACUCUCUUCUGCACAUCGAGCAUUCUGAAUGGCCUGACCAUGGGGUGCCAAGCAACAGUAAUGCUGUACGACAAAUUCUGAAAAGAUUAUAUCACAUUCCACGAGAACACCCAAUAGUUGCACAUUGCAGUGCUGGCAUUGGAAGAACGGGUGCUUACAUCACCAUCCAUAAUGCAAUAGAUCGUAUUUUACUUGGAGAUCAGGGUGCCGUCAAUCUUGCUGAAACUCUAAAAAAAUUUAGAUCAGAACGGCCUGGAAUGGUCCAAACAGAGGAGCAAUUCAAGUUUUGCCACCAGGCAAUCGCAGAUGAACUGAAAGAUCUGAUAUCAAAUUCAAAACACUGAAUCAUUUCGAGGGACAAGUAACGUCAGUCUUGACAUUGUCAUGACAGUCUGAUUCCGUGUUUUCCGCCAUUCUUUAAGCUUCGGUAACAGCAUUCAUGUACAGCAUGAAGCCUAAGAUGCAGAUUUUAGUAGGAAAAGCCGAAGCUUUUCUAACAUUUUCUGAUCUAAAUAUUGUUGUUCCGAUCCAUAUGUGCAAUCUUGUAUGAUCUAUGAGCAGCUGGAGUGCAUCAAGGUUCACAUGUAUACCAACCUUGCUCUGCAUUAACUUGUAUACUUGGUUCCUCAUGUAUUAGAAUUUAGAUGAUGUUAGGUUACCGAUCAUCGAGUGUGGCAUUGCCCCUGACUUGUAUUGUUUGCUGACUACCCAUGAAGUGGAAUGCGCAGGAAAGAUUUGGUAUUGUUCCUUUC